AUGGUUGACCCGGACACUUUCAUGAAAAACAGUCCCUUCUACCUGGCCCACGGGGACCAGUACAACUUAAGGAACACAACGCCAGACUUAUUGAAGUUUCAGCUUCACGAGCAAAACAGAGCCGCGUCUCCCCCGGUGCCCGUCCAGCUGCUGUUUUCAUGCUACUUGAAAGAAACGCUAUCCUCGAAUUCCAUCAGCUGUGAUGACUCUGACGAUUCCGACAACGACCGCACGAGCCAUGAAAUUGGCGGCCUGGCGGUGUCGACGCCGACUACGGAGCCCGACAGCAAGGACUUGCACUCGGUGCCUGCUUCGCUGAAAGAUUUCCUCAACUUGAGAGUUUUGAUUGAAAAUUCCGUUUUCGACACCCUGAAGAUCUCUCCAAAGGCUAUCAUGUCGUUGCUGCGGACAAAACAGGUCAAGGAGAUGAUUACUGACAAGGAGGAGCUCAAGGACUACUUGCAAGACAAAAUCGCCAUCUCCAACCAGUUCUGCUCGACCUUGUUGUUCGACAAUGAGUCCAAACCAGACGUGGACCUUGAUCUCGUUCUCAAAAUCAUGAAGCAGAACGCGGAAUUGCAGCUGCUGCUCAAAGCAGUCACAACAGAACUUGACGAGCUUCGUUCCAAACUCAACAACCACAACUUGGCUUGCUUGGUUUUGGGCUACGUAGAGGAUAUCAAACAUUCUGCCAGCUCUCAGUUUUUGCAACAGGACCUCCUAGGCAGCCCUUCACGCUCUGGCAAUGUCCCAGACUCUGAGAAGAGUUUCGAUACCCUUUUCUCCCACAUUGCAUCCUUGGCUGUUCAGAACAAUGUCCAGUUGCCUGAGCAUCCCGAAGGAUCUCACGUUGCUUUGGAUAAGAAGGUAGAGUGGGCUCAGGCUUGCAUUGAUGCUGUGGUGGGCGCACAGCCAAAAUCCACGUAUAGUACUCCACAAACAUCAGCGGGAAACGACCGCUCCAUUGACACGUCUGUGGUAAAUGAGGGGGAUUCAGUGCUUCAGGACCACUCGUUUCUUUCCGCAUCACCAUAUAAGAAUUUGAAGGAGUCUGCCGCAGAGAGCAAGACCAUCGCAGAGUACCGUCUAGCAUUAAACGAUUUGCGUUUUUCCCACCAGUAUUUCAUGAAAGAGUACGAAUAUUUGAAAGCCAAUUCAUUGAAAACAAUCUCGGAGUACCGCAAGAAAAAUGCUGCUCUUGAGAAGGAGAUCUCCAGACUCCGCUCUGGGAGUAGCGUGUCUGUCAACACCAUGGAUUCUGAUUCGUCUAGCGCCAAAGACAAGGAGAUUUCACGUCUCCGCAAGGAGCUCAACUCCCUCAAGAUCGAAACCAUGGGCAACAAACUGCCUAGGAAUUCUGGAACGAUGACUUCACUGCUUAUAACCAACGCGACUGCAGACGAGAACACAGAAUCGACGGAAGCAACUUCACCUAGCUACUCUAGUUUUCUGAGCAUGGGGGCAGGCUCUUCCAUGAGCAAUGCUAUUUUGAGAAAGGAAUUCAAGAAAAUCGUGGCCGAUCUUCAAGAUCAGUAUGAGGUUGAACUUGGUAAGGAGCGUCUCAAAAGAAAGCAGCUAGAGGAGAAGCUCAACGAAAAAACGGCUUCUUCGCCUGAGAGCUAA